UCGCAACCCCAACCCGUCAAUCUUGAAAUAUUUUUACAACUCGAUCACAUGAUAUAUGCAGUGUGUAACUGCAAAAAGUGAAUUUCAGGUUUUUGACAGAACAUGGAGACCACCUUCAAGGAAAACCAACCUUAGUAUUCAAUUCUUUUAAAUGGGAAUCAAUAUCAACUACAUAAUAUUUAACUUGGACCGCAAGCAAAUGAGGAAGUCAGCGGCGGGUGCCGGAAAACAAAGCAAAAAAAAAAAACCUUUCACCUUUGCAGCACGAAAUAUAGAAAUAUAAGCGCAAUUUGUUGUUUCGUGCAGUGAAAGUAGCGUAGGCUAACUUAUUUAAUUUUUUUAAAUUAGCAUUUCUUUAAAAAACACACUUUUAUUGACGUGCUUAAUAUGCAAAACAAGAGCAAUUGAGCUUCAUGAAAUGGCUAACCCAGGCUCCUACACUUUCACUUUACCGAGUAGGUUUUUUGGUCUGCAUUCAAAGCACACACAUCAGAGUGCCAACACUCCACCAACUGCUCUUGAAUAUGUCAGAAGUGGCAGGAAGGUUCUCAUGGAUGGACUCAAAUUCCCCAUUACGACAGCCAGACAGCUUAACAAGCAUGGUAUUCUCAGUGAAGAGGAACUCUGUGAUAUUAGAAGGCAAUCUGGGGGGGCUGAUGCAACUAGCAAACUGCUGGACAUGGUCAUUGCUAAAGGGGAGCAGGCCUGCUGUGAAUUACUUCAGAUACUGCAAAACAAAAGGCAAAAUAUGCUGGAUAUAGGGUUGUCUGAGUCAGUUAAAGCAACUCUGCAAAGUCUGGAAGAAGAUUUACAUCAUUGGAUCAACCACUUCUCAGGCCUCGCAAGAAAAUCAUCAUCCAUACUCAGUGGAAAUGAUCUGCACCUUAAAGUGAAUGAGCACGAAGAUGAAGCUGUGUUUGAAGAAGCAGGGACAAUAAUGAAGCAGAGUCCAGAGAAGAUACAACUAUAUUUGCACGUGGAUCAAGAAUUUAAACAUCUUGGUGAAGCCGUCAAGAACAUGAUAUUCAAAUUCUUGCCACAGAUCAGCAAAAUCAGGUCUGUUUUCAUAUUAUAAUAAUGAUAACAAUAAUAAUAAUGUAUAAAAUAAAAUAAAUGUUUAACACAUCUAAGUUAUUUAAAUUUAAAAAAUCAAUGAGAAAAUCUAUAUGGCCAAACAAACCAAAUAGAUUUCAAUUAUGCUUAGUAUUACGGUAAAGGCUGCUCAUGGUGAUUAUGAUAGUCACACAUACUAUGUAGGAGUUCUGCUUACAGAAUUUUCCCCUGACUGACUUCGGGUUUAAUAUUGAUUUUCCAUUUUAAUAUUCCACAUCUUUUCAGACUGGACUGGGGGGUGGAGACAAUAGAGAGAUUUUUGAACAUGCCUAUGAGAAAACUGAAUGGUUUUCAGAUAAAGGACCGAAAAUAACGUCUGGGUUUAGAAUGAGUACUAAAAAACUUCACGUUUUGUUGUAUGAGAUAGAUCCUUUGUUACUGGUGGUAUGUCGACAUAUUUCAAUGUUUCACGUGUACAGUACAGUGUGCCGAUUUACUUACAUCACUCUCAGUGGCUGUCUAGCAGUCGCCGAUCUGAGACCUGUGUUUUGCUACGACGCUGAAGUUGGCUCCUUAUUCGCAGCUCCUUAUUCAGAUUUUCCGGUCCACCUUAAAUGCUUCGCAGCCCAAUGCAAUGACGCUAUUGCGUCUGUAGGGGGGCAAUUUUAAUACCUUAAACCUCUCCGGGCCAGGCAAAUAUCACACAUCAGGUAUCCUACUAUGCAGAAAAAGUGACAAUGUGCAGCUAGCGAAUUACUUACAUAAAAACCUAUUAGUUGGGGGGCGCAAUAAGUUAUCGUAGAUAAUUAUAUCGAAGAGAACUCUAUCGGCAGUCUAUCGCUCAUCCUGCUAGUCCCCGAUGUAGAGGUUUGAAUUUCGGACCGUAUUUUAAACCACUGAAAUUGUGGCAGCAUAU